UGGAUGGUCUGGGGAUAUUCAUGGUUGAGAUCACGGUGAUGAAGAUCUUCAGUUGAUCGAUGUGAGGAUUGAUGAUAACUGUUGAUGGGCUCAGAGGGAGUCAUGAGCCGAACAUGAGCACCCUGGAGACCUGUUAGUGGGCUUUGCUGGAUCAACUGGAAUUCCUAUGCUCGGUGGCAUUAUGCGAGAUCCUUUAGUGGAUUGGAAGCCAGUAUUUAACAAUCAGCAAUACACUACACCAACUUUUCUUCACUGGCAGACUGCUCUUUUUGGUCACAGACAGAUGGUCCAAAUUUGUCCAUGCCAGCACACCACCUGAAAUUGAACCAAAGAUUCAACAACGAACUGGAACUCGAUGAAUGUUUUUCCAAAGAAGAGUGCAUUUGUCCUCAGGGUAGUCAGUGAAAAGUAUGGUUCCAGCAUGCCACAGCUUCAUUCGAAGUCCUACAGCAAAAAUAAACAAACAAUGCGGACCGGUAGUCACUCAGUGAGUAUGGUUGAAUGAUGUUGAAUGACUUUGUGGCCACGCGAACUUCGUCGCACGACGACGAAGUGGUGGCUUUUGUUGAGGAUCCUCCUCGACAUGAGCAGGAUCUCAUUGAAUGUUCGGUGCAUCACAAGAAAAGGAGUUGGGACAAGAUGGAAGCAAACGAAGAGAAGAAGUGGGUCUGCGUGGCCUCGUGCCCCUGCGUCGUUCACUUGGGCGGCCGCCACGGCUGGGAGACGCUGCGCAGAGCCUUGCAGAGUCGUGGAGAGGAGCUUUUGCUCGAGAAGCUUGAGGCCCUGGUAUUGGCGGAAUCCACCGAACCCGAAGGUAGCCUUGGGCUGGACACCGAGGUGGCGCAGGCGCGGCUUGAAGCGCUGCCUCCACCACAGGCGCUGCAGGAGACGACGCGGCAGGCGCUUCCACCGGUGGCUCCAUCUCUUCUGGUGGCGGCUCCGGAGGUCGUGGCUGCUCCAGCUCCUGCUCCAGCUCCUCCUCCUGCUCCUGCUCCUGUGAAACAUCUGCUGGAAGGGGAGAUCGACCCUAAUGAUUUGUGAUGAAGCCUAGCAAAAUUGCAGGCACCAGCGUGAAUGCGGAG